AUGACAUCUAAGAGGCCUUCGGUCGCGGAAGGCAACACGCCUGGUAAGCCGCCUUCUAAGCGAACUGUGCAAGGCACAUCGAGAAGAAGCCUUUUUGGUUCAGAAAGUGAUGAUGUAUCCCAACAAAAGUGUUCUAAUGUGAAAGAUUGGACAGAGGAAGAGGAAUCAGCCCUGGUGCAAUACAUUUGCUUGUUUUGGAAGAAUGCCCAUACUAAUAAAUGGCCAACAACAAAAGACAUGGAGUUCUGGAAUGCGUGUGCAGAUGCUGUUAAUAACACGUGCAACUCAACAAGAACAGGUUUGUCAUGUAACCUAUGUCUAAUUUUAUAUGUUAGCUGUACUUAAUUAAAAGCGAGUGUAUAAACUGUAAUCACUGUAACUUUCAUCCCAGCAACCAGCCAGCCCACUUAUGAGUAUUUAUAUGGGGAAAUUUUCAUCCCGAUAAGCGAUAUCUUGCCUCUUUCAAGCGAGAUUGUGGCCCAGCCAGCCUGCUUGUUCAUAUAAAUGCACAGUGAAUUUUACUAUAAAAAUAAAUACACAGCAAGAUCUUGCUUAAUUGGCUGUCUCCCUGGCAUAAACAGCCCUUAAGUAUAUUAAAAUACAAUAAAUUUUUAACAGCAUUUUUUUCCAAGGUGGAUCCUGUCGUACAAGAGUAAACAAACACUUGGCAAAAAGGUAUAACACAUUAACAGAGGCAGAGGAAUACUUAAACAUUGACUAUAUGACAAACAAUUUUGGUUCUACCAGUACUGGCCAGAAACCAACAACACCACAACAACAACAAGCAACAUCGAUUGAUGAUCUGUUAUCCCCUGUGUUUAAGUCCUCACCAAUUCCCAAAGAACAGACUACAGUUCCUAAUUAUGUUGGUGAUAUUGUCCAAGAGUUUAUCAAAUGCUUCAAAGGCCCAAUGUCAUCAAGGUUAAAAUUACAAGUCAUGGACUAUAUGUUUAAAUCAACAAUAGUGGACUUUGGUGGUAUGGAUUUCUUAAACUAUGUUUGUCCAGACUUUCUGAACAUAUGUUUCAGUGCAAUGGAGACAUUACAUAAGGAGAAUAAGAAUAAUCUUAUUCUAGAGUUGUGCAAGUGCUUUGAAAGAACCGGUUGUAAAAGUCAGUCAAGAAUGCCAUUAGAUAGAAUGCCCUUUGGCCUUCUUGAUUACAACAUUCGGUUUUUUGCAUCAGAUCGAACAAAUAAAUUGGGGUAUGAAGAACAUUAUGCUUCAUGGCUUGAUACAAUGUUCUCCCAGUUUGGUCACAAAUGGUUGUGCCUUCAUAGAGGCCCAGCAUGGCAAUAUGAAGUGGAAGAUAAUGUUAUCGAAGUUGCUGACAGAAACUGUUCAAAGUCACUUGUGGAAAAAGCACUUGAGCAAAGUGGUAUCGACUUAAGUAUUGAUGAUGACUUGUGUGCUACCAGUAAUGAGAAUUGGUUUGAACAAGCAGCCGUAAAUAGCGAUGUGUCGUUUGACAUUUUGGAAAGUAGUUUGGCAGAUCUUACACUUUGCAGUGAUGAUAUUGGUUUAUCUGCAGAUUAUUCCACAGUUGUUGAUGUGACUUGCAUGAUGGGUCACUCUAAUUCAACAGAAAGCACUCCAACAUUUGCCUCUGCAACCAAGCAGCUGAUAAGCCUACCGCAUUUGUGGACUCAUGCAACAAAUGAUGACCAGAAUGAAUUAAUGCUUGGGAAUGCUGUGCCAACUCAAAUGGAAAAAUACCAUGGUGUUCAACCAAUGAAAUCCAAAGCUGUGGUUCGUAAUCCUGCCAUUUUUGAUCCAUUAAAAGUAAGUUAAUUGUUGCUUCAGUAUAUGAUGAACCUCGGUUUGGUUUUUAUCAUUCUCAAAAGAAGAACAAUUUAAAAUAUUAGGCUCAUUAAAUUGUAAUAUAACUUAAAAAAACAACUUAGAAUUCCUUAGAUCCCAUAGUCUGGAAAGGGGUCUUAUCCCCACCUUUUUGUCAAUGUCCCCAUUUUUCAAAACUUUCCAACCCCUCCCUGAAUGACAACUAUUUCGGAGAGCAAAAUUUGACAGGUUAACCAUUAAUGCUUGCAAAUAGCACAAAAUUAUUAAGACUGUGCACCAAGUUUAGAAUGCUAUCAAAUUCAAACGUGCCAAAAUGUUUGGGCUCUGUAAGAUCAUGCAGUUUGGUAGAUCAACCCAACCCUUUUCAGUACCCCUUGCAUUAUUACAUUACCCCUCCCUCCCUCCCAUUUUUACUUUUCAGUACCCCUCCAAUUAGGGGUGUACGUUUUAUACCCCCCCCCCUUGUCCUUUUUAUAAACGGUGAUUGCUAGAUAGUAUACUUCAAAAUAAGGUUUCCGUUUUUAUUAACGUAGAAAAAACUAUCCUUUUUAGAACGCAAAACUAAACCCUAAUACUAACCCUACCCCUAACCUUAACCUAACCCUAACUUAUUUUAAAAAUUGAUAUAAAAACGGAAACCUUAUUUUGAAGUAUACUAUCUAGCAAUUGCCUUUUAUAAACACUUUUUCUCUUUUCAUCUUCAGAGCAAGGUAAAUGUUGCUAGUUUGGGAGUACGAGCUAUUCAAAAACGCAUCCAAUCAUCUGGAUUUUCAAGAACGGUUGAUAUUCAAGUGAGUCUGGCAAACAUUCUUUCCAAUUUAACAUGACAACUGUCAACUAAUUUCACAGUAAGAUGUAAAUUUUGUGGUUUACAUUUUCCACUUCAUAAUUUUGCAGAAAGAGGUGCAGCUUUAUUGCACAUACUGUAAACAUUAUCUUCAUUAUACUGUAGAUGCAAACAUUGAAGCAAGCCCAGAAAAGUAUCUGUGAUGGUCGAUGGUGGAUCAAAGCCGACGCCUGUGAUGUUCAAAAGGGCCUGCGGGAAAGUAUGCGUGGGAUUUGGGAAGGGGAUGAAGAUUUUGGAGAUGGCUCGUUACAAGAAAUGUAUGGUGAAUACAAAUUAAGAAAAUGUUUAGUGGAUGGUCUAGGAACAGGCAAAAGGUUGGGAUCGUUGCCCAGCGACUUGGAUAAGGUGAUGAAGGAGGUCUGUGAUGAUUUCGAGUUCCUAACAAAAGGAAGUGAAGACUCGAAUAAAAUAUAUAACCAAGUAUUGGAAAAAGGAAAUUCCAAUGAGAAGAAAAUAAUGGAAUUGGCCUGGGAUGGUGUGGAGUUUCAGGAACUUUUGAAGAUGGCAAAAGGGUUAAAGAUCGAAAUUGAAAGUAUUGUAGCAAACAACAGAAAUGGUGUGAAAUUUGAUUUGGUUUCAUUUAAAUUGAAGAUCAGAAAAUACCUGAAGGAUCUGUUUUUGAAGAAGCGAGUUCCAGCUAAGUACCUCUUAGUCUUCAUGAUUGCAGAUGAGAUGCGAAACCGAAAACCAUAUGCCGUUCCAGUUCAGUUCUUACCCUACAAGUCAAUAACUGACUCUAAAUUGGUUGAGCUGGAAACCAAAUUACAGAAUGUUAUGGAAGAAAAUGGAAUGACAGUUGUUGGUAUGUUGUCGAAGUCUACGUUUUUCCUUUUUCACAGGCAUUGAAUAUUAUUCUCUCACUACUCAGUCAAUACUUUUGAACUUCGUCCUCUUGACACAUUGAUCGUGAGUUUUAAUUUAGCACUAAGGCGCCCCUUCCAUUAUUUUCCUCUGUCCAAUACCCAAUGGAUGAUACCAGCUAUCAACUAAUUUUUCAUCUAGACAAGAAAGACAAAAUCUAUCAUUAUAGCUCAAACGAGCAUCCUAAAAUUAGUAAAAUUGCGAAAUUUGGUUGUGAAAGGUUGUAAAAUGCGAAAAAUAUAGCCUUGUGAAAUUAGCAAAUUUCGAGUAUUUUAGUACGGCUCAAAAGUAAGCUAUCAUUAUAGAAUUUGUCUUCUCUGGAUCAAAAUUUAGUCUAUACCGGUAGGAGUAUAGCUGGAAUCAUCCAUUAGCUCAGUCAGUGCGUAUUUUACUCAUGCAAGGGUGUGGAUUAUGGUGUUUCGUAAAUUAAAAACAUAUUCAAUAAGUUAUGUUAUCCAUACUUUUUUCAGGCUUUACAACUGAUGGAGAGUUUAAUUCUGUUCGAACAUCAGGAAAAAGUCGACCAAUUUCCAUUGUUGGUGUUAUUCAGGAAGCUAGAAACAAAGCUCGAAGUAUAGGGGAAAAAAAGAUGACUUCAUAUUUCAAGCUGGACGGCCAAGAUAAAAACAGUACGAGUAAACUUUGGACAAUGAAAAGACUGGGUAGAAAGAAACCGAGGUUAAAAUUAGGUGAAACUAUUCGUUUCCUAUCCAAUCGUGCAAAUUGUGGGAAGAAUCAAUAUUAUAAUUUCUGUAAUAUUAUUUCCUGUUCAAUUUUUGCAACAGGAAAUCCACUACAAAGUCACCCAGCUGUGCCUAUCGAAGAUCUACUUUGGCUACGUGAUUAUAUGGACAACGGGACGGAAAAGAAAACAUUUGCUGAUGCUAUAUACAUCUUACGAAGAAAACUUUUCCCGUUCAUGCACAAUCCCCAUCAAUGGGUCGAAGGUAUAACUAAUUUGAAAUAGGUAUAAAACAAAAUUCCAAACUGCAAAAAAAGCAGCUUUUUCACUUUCCUUUUAUAUAAUAUAUAAUGUAGUGAAUAUGAAAACAGUGAAAAGGAGAAAGCACAUAAACAUCACAUGAUUGGAAAAAGGCAAUUUACAUUACGCAGAUAAACAGGUCUGUUUACUUCAUCAUUUGAAACUCUAUUUCUCUUAAUAUACUUUCAGGAAGGACAGAAAAAACUGUUGAGGUGCUGAAAUCCAUCAUGGCCAUCUACCUAUUCCGUUCCAGUAUCCAGAAUCUAAAACACCAUGAAACCGAUCCAGCCGAUUUCGGUACGUUUCUGUACCAACCAGAAAAGUGUACAUCCAGUGGCAGUGAGAGAAUUCAUCACCGAGAAGAUCACAAUCACCUGCUGAAACGAGUGGUGAACUGCUUAAGAGAUGGUCGUAUUCCUGGCGUAGAUUUACGGCACUUAAGAGAAGCACUGCAUGACCCAUCCACAGGACUGACAUACGAGGCUCUGACUGGCAAAAACAAGCAAUCUGUACCAGAUUGUGAACGAUUGAUCAGCCGUGGUGUAAUUUCAUUCCUGGAAAAGAAAGGCUACACUGCUACUGCCAGAGUUAUCCAAAUUUUUCAUAAUUGGCAUAAAGCCGUAGACGGAAGAGGCUUAUCUGAAACAGUACGCUCCAUGUACUGUGAAGAAAUGAAAGAGUGGCUGUUAAGUGACUGGAUGCCAUGGUUUAAGGACAUGCCAGAUUAUAGUUCAAUUGAUGUCAACAGGUAAGUGUAUGUAUAUAUAAACUAGUAUUUUUAAGAUUUCUUUUCCAAUUCAAGGUGAUUCUACAAACAAUAAAAUUUGCGGUAACCACCGAGUAUUUUAAUAAAAUAUAGUACAAUGGAAACUCCGAAAAAUUUCAUUAUCAUAAUUCUUCGUUUCAACUUUCAACUACUCUUCAGUCAUCUUCGGAAAUUAUGAUUCAGUUAGACGGAUUUUGAGAUACUCGAUACCCCUGACGUUACAUGUGUGAUAGAUGGUUAAAGAACACUAAUGGAAAUAAUAUUAAUUUUUAUAGACCUAUCAAAGGCAUAUGUGGUCUUACAAGGGAAAUUGUUGUUGGCUUGGUCGCCAAUUUGGAAAGUAGGGAGAUUCGGAGACAGGAGUAUAAAGCGAGAGAUCUUCCUCCAGAACACCCCAGAGCGUCUUCAAGUGAUGAUUGUGAAAGUUUGUUUUCGGUUAUGCACGAAUUACUUGGAAAUAUCUUCGAUUUGAAACAGUUUCAUGAUUGCCAACCCAAGAUUUUGAACGAAUUUACAAAGCGAAUAAAUCCUGACUUGAAGUUUUUCUACUGGACCGGUGCAAAAGAACGAUUUCGAGCGUUUGAGCUACCAUCUUUUAACAAGCCAUCCGGUGACGGUGUAUUAGAAAGGCUUGACGAAGUAAAUGUUUCCAAGAGAGGAGACCCGGGAAUAUUUGUAUCUAACCGAGCAUCCUUGCCUCAAAAAGGAGAACUAACUGCAAGAGCAAAAUUUCACAAAGCUCCUGUAGCAUUACCACCACACCAAAUUUAAAUACAUGUGACAUAGAUACUGCACUGGGAUUGAUAAUUAGCCUUUCUCACGCUUGGUUUAUCCGCCAUUUUGGGGAUACUGCCUUUUCCAAGUCUAAGCACCAUGAAAUUAGACAUUUUAUAACUGUAGUUUGUGUACAGUAUAAUGGUAGAUUUAUAGUUAUGACUUAGUCUAAGACUAUCUGGAUUUUAUGACAUGGGAAGAAAGCACCCAAAAAAUGGUGGAUAUUGCUGUCUGUGAGAAAGACUAACACACCCUUUCGGAAUCUAUCCCAAUGUCUUACUCACAAGAACGAGGCUCUAUAAUGAAGGUGAUGCACUUUCUGGAAGGGUCUAUUGUACAUACAUGUGUAAACAUUUUCUGGACUUUGAGUCAUUCUCAUGGCUCAUGGCAUAAUGCUAAUUUCUAUUUUGUAAAUGAUAUGUAAAUAGAUAGUAAAUGUUGCCAUUCUCCUUUAACCCAUUAAGCGCCAGCGCUCUCCCCUUGACGAGUAAAAUCGUCUGGCGUUAGACAGAGUAAAAUACUAAAGUAGGGUGCAUCAGGGUGCAAUGCGACUCAAUGGGUUAAAAUGCCCAUUCACACGUGUGAUUUUGGUGGCAAUUUAAGCUGCGAUUUAAGCAUAAAGUUUCACGUUGUCAAUAUUUAUUUAUAUUCAUGUGACUUUUUUACUGGCAUUCACAACUCCUUCAUCCCACAAACCGUUCUUGGUGAUUUCAACUGUCAGAUAAAAACCCAUUCUGAGAUACGUUGUACAGAAAUGAAUGCGCUUCACAGAAACAUCGAGUUCUGAUGUUCCUAGUAAUGGAUGUAAAUAUUUGGUUAAUUCACUAGCAAUAUACCCAACAAGGAUAUAUUCAUAAUUUGUCAUGAUGUAUACUCCAAUAGCAUUCUUGUCAUGACUGUUUUCAGGCUGUGCUUCAAGUUUAACAAAAACUGGUCUGUUGAAAUCGUAUAAAUACUCGUAUGCCUCCUCUAAGGCUCUUUGUCUUGACAUAUCAUAACAGCUUCCUAGAACUUUAAAUGGUAAGCUGUGAGGCCCUUGUAUUUCAGCUGAAACAGUUGCAUCAUUACCACUUCCAUCAGGUAAAUUACCUGUCGAUACUUUGACUGCUGAACUCCUACAUAGUUCCCACAGAACCAAGUAGGAUUCAUUGUCGAUGGUGAUAGAGCAAGAUGAAGUACAAACAUAAUGACCACAUGUGCUGAUAUUUAAUGGUCCUUCAUCUUUGAUCAAUCCCUUGUAUUCUUUCCCUCCACGAAUAAACCUAACCUUUUUCAGUUUAACUGUAAGCACUGGGAAUGAUGGGAUUCUAUAUAAGAAUGGUGUGGGAUCUAUAUUGAUUAUUGACACUUCCAGUCUUUCAUUCUCUAAAACAGAGGAAAAUCAAAAUAAAAUGUACUCCUGAUUAAAUAAUAAAUGAAACACCCUUGCCCCUUACAAGUAACUUUGUUUGGCAUUAGAUUUACAAUAAAAUAAUAAAGUAGUGCACAUUUCAGCUUAAUUGGAGGGUAACAAGAGAUAUUGGAAGAUAGUUUGGUUAACCAUUACUGCACAAUACCCUUCUGAAGUACAACCAUUUUGUGUUUAGGUGUUAGACAAGUUCAAUACAGAGUGCAUUGCAGAAUAACACAACAUGAUUUGUUCUUAAAAUGAUUCAAAUCCAUUGGCAAUGUAUAAAACCAAACUAUUUUCAAGGUGAAUUACAUGAAAACAUACCAUCUGUUUUACUGGAAGUUUCCUGGUGAUCAUCGGCGUUGGUAUUAUUAACAGGCACCUAAAAUUUAAUUAAGUUCAUUUAAUUAAAUCCUGUAUAGUAAGAUUAUGCACAUGUUAUAAUUAUUAAAUUUGUGGUUUCGAGUAAAAUUGUCUGGCAUUAGACAGAGUAAUAUACUAAAGUAGGUUGCAUUGGGGCACUUUGCUGUUUAAUGGAUUUAAGAAGGAAAUACCUGUCGUAAUACUGGGUAACUGUUCACUUUCACACCACUUUUUGGAUCAACAUUACCAGAGGCCAAGUUAACAGAAAACGUGUCCUCUAGCAAUCUGCUUCUUCGUCAAGAAUUCAAAUUUUAUAGAACAUUGAUGGUAAAAAUUUACUACUAAUAAAAUAACAUUAAUUCAUUAAUGCUUCCAACUUAAUUUCUUUAAAUUAAUCUGUGUAACACCAGACAGAUGAUUAUACUCAUGGAUAAGCUCUACAGUAGUGCAUUCAUGGAUUAAUUAAUAUCUUCCAAAUGUAAAUUGAUUGACAAUUUUACAAAUAAAUAGUCAUGUGUUGUAUCAGAUAUCAUAAGCCUUAGCUCUUGUUUACAGCUUGAUAUGAUACACGAUAGCCAACUACAAAUAGAUGAUAAGAUGUCGAGGAAUUGCUUAACCAAUUAAGUUGCAGAGCUUCCCAUUAACAAGUAAAAUCAUCUGGCAUUAGUCAAGUAAAAAAAUAAGUAGGCCCCACUGGGGCUCAAUGGGAUAUUAUUGGUUAAUUAAAAUUAAGUGGUAACUUUUAGUUGAAGGAUACAUUCCACAGAAAUAUUGCAGCUCAUCUGAAAAUUGUUUCCCCCACUCAAUCAGAGGAACACAUUUUAUUGUGUUGAUGUCAAAAACAGUUUGAUGAUUGAACACAGCCUCGGCUUUAAAAAAUUGUUCUUUGUAAUCUUUUGGUGCUCCCCUUUGAGUCAGAUUUUCAAACAAAUGAUUUCCAGAAACCAAGGCAUAGGACGUGUGGAUUCCAACUCCUUUGAUAUUGUCGAGAUAAUCACAUCGGCACCACAGCCAGCAGAGCACCCCCCCCCCCUACCAGAUCAUGCUGGAUCCAUCCCUGAAUUAUUAUAUUGAAAAAUACCCAAUGGCAAAGGUGUCUACCUCUUUACAACCAUAGGCUAGUAAAUGCGAAUCUUCGGUAAUAGCAAAAUCUGCAAGACCAUGUUUCAAAAUAAACGCUAUCUGAGCGUCAGCUUCAUAUGGCGAUACAAUGUAGCGAAUAUUAUCUUUUAAACAUAUCUAAACAUAUAAACCAUGGAUAUAAUUAUUAAUAGUUCUUGCCAACUUUUUUUACAGUAAGGGAAGUAGAUAAUAUAAGCAUAUAAAAGUAAAAUAAUGCUUACAUCUAUGCAUGUUGAAAUAUCCUGAAAUGAAAUUGCAAUUCCUUGGCUACGAAGUUUAUUGCAUUCGUCAGGCUGUGUGGCUACAUCGUUUGCUCUUCUCAAAGCCUCCUCUCUCGUUCUAGUCCAGACAAAAUACAUUUAGUCGUAUUCAUAUUGUAUCACAAUAUAUAAGCAAAAAAAUAAAUAAUAAUUUAGGUUAUUUAACUCACUUUUGCCUUUUUGCUGCUUCGUUCGCCUUUGCAGGCAGAGGUGAACCAUCGAAAACAAUAAAUGGAGUCACUCCAGCGCUUUUAACCAAAUUUAAAUGUUUUCGGAAAAUACUUUCUAACCUUAAAGGGAAAAACAUGAAUAUUAAUGAUUACAAUGAAUAAAUGAUGCCAAAUGUCAGCGCAAAAUUUUGAAAAUUAUGUUAGUGACUACAAAUAGACAAGUCAAAGCUAGUUACCUAUCUCGAUUUCCACAUCCAGACACAGAAAUUGCUAACGCACGAUGAAGCCAGCAAGAAGCGUCGAUCGCUGCUGUUUUCCCAGCGAAAUCCGCUAGAUUUGUGUCUUUGCCAUAUUGUUUUAAAAAGGGAAACAAAUUCUUAAUGCCCAUUUGUGUUUAUUUACAUAUGUUCACCCGACCACGACUUGUCGCAUAAUGAAUAAUUUUCAUUUUCCCCCCAUCAUCCUUUGCGGUCGUUAUGCGCACACCGCCUGUAUAGGAUCCUAUAGGAAAUGGCAUUUCCUAUAGGAAUUCCUAUAGGAUUUUUUUGUAAGGGUAUGCCCAAGCAAAUUUUUAUAGCGUUUCAUUAUUUUGUAAUUUAUACCCUACAAGAUGAAAACUAAUUUGAAUAUAAAUGUGUACCAAUCCAGGAAUCAAAAAAUAUUUCUCCAUUUAUGUUGGGUUAUUGAAUUAUUGCCCUUCAGAUGUUGGGUGUCAUGAAGAAACAAAAUGUCAUAGACUUAAAUUUACACAAACCAAGAAUUCUCACCCAAAAAUCUAAGACAUCUAAUGAUAUAUUUAAGUGUGGGAGCUCAUUUAAAAUAGAAUUGAUUAAUCAUUUAUCAUUUUAACCCACUGCCAAAUUUCAAGGUUUUUUAUAACAUUGAUCUUGAGAUAUGGGUAUUUUUGUAAAAGCAGUGACAGAAGUUGACAGUAACUAAAAUUCGCCAUUUUCCUUGCAACUUGGGGAGUUCCAAUGUUGCAACAGUCUGCAACUUAAUGAGUUAAAGAAAAAAGGACUAGGAUGUUGUGCUGAGCCUCCCAGAGAAGUAGUAAGAAAAUUUUUCGACAAUAGUUCUGAAGAGAUCACGGAUGCCGAUAUUAAGAACUUGGCGAAAAACACUUUGCUGAGCGAGUCCGAUGUUAGUUUUUGGAUUGAGCAUCUUAAGAAUAUUAAACUAAGAAGGAAACGAGGAGCAAAAAAGGCGGCAGAAACAAGGAAAAGAAAACAAGCACAAAGAAACAAAGGUAAGCGCGCAGUGGUAAAUUGUAUCACAGCGCCGUAAGUUCGAUUCCUGCCAGCUAGGGCUAGGACCUGUUAUUGCAUUUUUCGCAGCUGUGCGUGGUUAGGUCUAAAAAUGUAUAUAAUUUUCUACUCGAUCUUUUCCAUUUACAAAACCCAUCAAAUUGUAUCACACCCUUUCGAUAUUACGUCACUUAAACUUUUUUUGGCCUGUAAGCAUCUCUUUUCAUUUGUAAAAGACGUAAGGCUAUUGGCCAACAACCCAUGAGAACGAGUAAUCCAGGCUAAGUGACGUAAAUGUCAAAACGGUGUAUAGUUUCAUGCAUUUAUGUAUUGCAGAUACAUGGCAUAUGAAAUAAGUGGUGAUUGAAACUUAUUUUGCUGAGCUUUCGAUCCAUUAAGUUGGAUCGUCGUUGAUAAUAAAAGAGUUUGGGCAUUCCAAAUUGUUUCAAAUGUACAUUUGAUUUUUUUUUACGUUUUCAGAGAGUAUAGCUGAAAAGGAUUUAUCGGGAGACGUUGAUUCAUGAGCAGAAAAUGAUUCAUCGGGAGACCUUGAUUCACAAGUGGAAAAAGAUUCACGAGCAGAAUUGCACUGCAUCUGUAAUGAAGCAGAUGACGGAAGGUAUGAUCUUCAUAAUAACAGAUCAACUAGCCAUACUAUAAACCCUUUCCUACUUGUUUAAUAUGCUGUUUUGUUUGAUUGUUUUGUAACUCUUUUAGAGCACCAUUGUUUGUAAACUAGUGUUAGCCCCCAAUUCAGUUAGAAUAGAUUAUCAAACUUAAACUCUGCUGAACACCUCUCCCUUUGUUUUCUCUCAUUCUUAGGUUCAUGAUAUGUUGUGACAGUUGCGAUGUCUGGUUCCAUGGCAAUUGUAUUAACCUCACGGAGCAAGAGGUAGAACUACUGGAAAACUUUUAUUGUACAAAUUGUACCACUUAGCAUGUUUUGACCCCAAAUGUUUAAAGUUCGCUUUUUUGAGGUUUCAUGCAUUUCGAUGUAAUUUAAUAUUAUAAAAGUUGGUUUCAUCUUAGCGAAAAUUAUCGCGUGAUCUACUAUCUAUUGCCGUCAAGUUAUCGACACACGUCACACAAUGACCAGGUAGCAUCAUAACGCGGGGUACAAGGCUGGUUAUAUUAAUCGGCCCCUAAAAUGCAUAUCAAAGAUAUCAUACUUGUCUCUCACUUUUAAGACUAGAGGGUCACUAGCAAUUUUAAUAUUGUUGUGUUUUACAGUUCAAAAUAAAGGUAUAAGACAGUAUAAUCUAUGUUCAUUUUGUGUAUGUUAUACCGUAUUAAAUUAUAGCAUAAAUAUGUAAAAUGUUUAGUAUUUUCUUCAAAUCCAGUGUCAAAAUACCAAUGAUUAGAUUUUAUCUUUUGGAUUAUCGAAUGAUUAUGUGUAUCAUGAGAUUUUAUAAGUAGGCCUUUUUAUUAGCUUAAAAGACGCUGGGGGGGGGGGGAUUCACGACAGGUAAGGAAAUUACCAGGGGCUUUGAUCUCUUAUGUUCCUCCACCGCCCGUGAAAUUCAUUAAAAUUGAAUCCCCACCUUGGACAAUCCCCGUGGUCAGCCCGGGGGUUGACCCCUUGGGGAAGCCAAUGACAAGUGCAUUACGAAACAGUUUGUUCUACUUUCAAAAUCAUUCUAAGCAUUUAUACUCUGAGAUCUGAAAGUUUGGGAUAAUUUUGUUAGGGAAAUUUUGUGUUACAAUGCGUUUUUCAGCCAAGGCCUUACUUUACCCUACUUAAACAAAAUUCACUAAUUUUAACAUGUUAUCUCAAUGUAAAUUUGGUUUGACUGAAAGUAGAUCAAAGAUCUAGCCACCAAAAUACUUGUCUAUAUACCCGUUGUAUAAGUGGCUGAGAUUUCAUGAGUGUUAGACUAAAUCUCAGUCAUUCAAGGUGGCUUGACAUUGUUUUACUAAACUAACUAGCAAGUUAUAAUCACAAUGACCAAUGAAAACACUUCUCAAAUGCUUAUUAUUAUUACUAAACAGUUUGUUUCACUUUUAAAAUCAUACUGAGCAUUUAUACUCUAAUAGUUGAAAGUUUGGUACAAUUUUGUUAGGCACUUUUUGUGUUAGCUCGAGUUUCUCAGCUGAGGUCUUACUUUAUUGUACUGUAUUUCACUAAUUAAAUUCACUAAUUUUAACAUGUCAUCGCAAUAUAAAUUUGGUUUCACUGAAAGUAGAUCAAAGAUCUAGCCACUAGAAUACUUGUGUAUACCUGUUGUAUAAGUUGCUGAGAUUUCAUAAGUGUUUGACUAAAUCUCAGUCAUUCAAGGUAGCUUCACAUUGUUUUACUCGUUACUACGUUAGGUAUUAAAUACGGUUUAAAAAUGUCUUAAUUUUGCUUACGUUUGCUAUAUUUAGCAGUUCUCACAACUCUCGUGACAUAAAACUGACAUUUAAGUCUUAGAUUAUAUUUUGGUAUAAAGUCACAUAAUUUUGAAAACGGGUGUAAUGUGUAGUUUUAUACGUUUUUUUCACAGUCUGCAUUUUAUACCAAGUCUGCAAUUUCAGUCUGCAAUUUAUACCUAUUCUGCAUUUUGGACUUGGUCUGCAGAUUAUACUGACCAGUUUCUCAGCUGAAGUCUUACUUUACUGUACUGUACUUAAGCAAAAUUGACUAAUUUUAACAUGUCAUCGGAAUAUAAAUUUUGUUUCACUGAAAGUAGAUCAAAGAUCUAGCCACCAAAAUACUUGUCUAUACCUGUUGUAUAAGUUGCUGAGAUUUCAUGAGUGUUUGUCUAAAUCUCAGGCAUUCAAGGUGGCUUCACAUUGUUUUACUAAACUAAUUAGCAACUUAUAAUCAUAAUAAACCAAUGAAAACACUUCUCAAAGGCUGACUAUUGUUACUAAACAGUUUGUUUCACUUUUAAAAUCAUACUGAGCAUUUAUACUCUAAUAGUUGAAAGUUUGGUACAAUUUUGUUAGGCACUUUUUGUGUUAGCUCGAGUUUCUCAGCUGAGGUCUUACUUUAUUGUACUGUAUUUCACUAAUUAAAUUCACUAAUUUUAACAUGUCAUCGCAAUAUAAAUUUGGUUUCACUGAAAGUAGAUCAAAGAUCUAGCCACUAGAAUACUUGUGUAUACCUGUUGUAUAAGUUGCUGAGAUUUCAUAAGUGUUUGACUAAAUCUCAGUCAUUCAAGGUAGCUUCACAUUGUUUUACUCGUUACUACGUUAGGUAUUAAAUACGGUUUAAAAAUGUCUUAAUUUUGCUUACGUUUGCUAUAUUUAGCAGUUCUCACAACUCUCGUGACAUAAAACUGACAUUUAAGUCUUAGAUUAUAUUUUGGUAUAAAGUCACAUAAUUUUGAAAACGGGUGUAAUGUGUAGUUUUAUACGUUUUUUUCACAGUCUGCAUUUUAUACCAAGUCUGCAAUUUCAGUCUGCAAUUUAUACCUAUUCUGCAUUUUGGACUUGGUCUGCAGAUUAUACUGACCAGUUUCUCAGCUGAAGUCUUACUUUACUGUACUGUACUUAAGCAAAAUUGACUAAUUUUAACAUGUCAUCGGAAUAUAAAUUUUGUUUCACUGAAAGUAGAUCAAAGAUCUAGCCACCAAAAUACUUGUCUAUACCUGUUGUAUAAGUUGCUGAGAUUUCAUGAGUGUUUGUCUAAAUCUCAGGCAUUCAAGGUGGCUUCACAUUGUUUUACUAAACUAAUUAGCAACUUAUAAUCAUAAUAAACCAAUGAAAACACUUCUCAAAGGCUGACUAUUGUUACUAAACAGUUUGUUUCACUUUUAAAAUCAUUCUAAGCAUUUGUACUAUAAUAUUUGAAAGUUUGGUACAAUUUUGUUAGACAGUUUUUGUGUUAGCUCGAGUUUCUCAGCUGAGGUCUUACUUUAUUGUACUGUAUUUCACUAAUUAAAUUCACUAAUUUUAACAUGUCAUCGCAAUAUAAAUUUGGUUUCACUGAAAGUAGAUCAAAGAUCUAGCCACUAGAAUACUUGUGUAUACCUGUUGUAUAAGUUGCUGAGAUUACUAUAAUAUUUGAAAGUUUGUUUAAUUUUGUUAGACAGUUUUUGUGUUAGUAUGAGUUUCUCAGCUGACGUCUUACUUUACUCUAUUUAAGCAAAAAUUCACUAAUUUUAACAUGUCAUCUCAGUGUAAAUUUGGUUACACUGAAAGUAGAUCAAAGAUCUAGCCACCAAAAUACUUGUCUAUACCUGUUGUAUAAGUUGCUGAGAUUUCAUGAGUGUUUGAUUAAAUCUCAGCCAUUGAAGGUGGCUUGACGUUGUUUAACUAAACCAAUUAGCAAGUUAUUAUCAUAGUAAACCAAUGAAAACACUUCUCAAAGACUGAGUAUUGUUACUAAACAGUUUGUUUCACUUUUAAAAUUAUUCUGAACAUUUAUACUCUAAUAGGUGAAAGUUUGGUAUGAUUUUGUUAGAAUAGAUUAUUAGUAUGGUACUUUGUAAGCUGUAUUUGAAUUAAUCCUUAGAUAUUCACAAUGCCUUGAGAUAUUUGUGUAUGUCUGUGUAUGUGUACAUUGUGUAUGACUUAUGUGUGUAUGCAAGGGUAAUGUUAAUAUCCAAUUUAUACCUUUCAGUUAAUUGGAGUGCAAAUGGAGCCUGAAUGUGUUGCAGAAGAGAUGGAAUGUAUAAAUAGUGGAAAUGGUCAAGAAGAGACGGACGGUGGAAAUGGCCAAGAUGAGAUGGAAUGUAUGGAUGGUGGAAAUGUUCAAGAAGAAAUGGAUGGUGGAAAUGGUCAAGAAGAGGUGGAUGCUGUGGAUGGUGGAAAGACGGGGGGAAAAGGCCGCAGAGCAAAGCACAAGUGCUCAUACACUGCUUGCAAUGCCAGUGUCAUCCACCUUCCCAGGCACAUGAAGCAGGUGCAUGGAUGGAAUAAAACUGACUCAUCUGGUGUUCUUGGAACAUUUGACUUGUGGAAAGGAAAGCCAUCGGUCAAGAAGAGAGAACACCUGAGGAAAGUAUGCCCAAAAAUUAAAUGUGGUGCCAUUGUUAGGUGGAUACAUAACCAUCUUGCGCAAGUGCACAAAAUGAAAAGAGGAAGUCCUCAAUACUUGAAGUUGGUGAAGAAGGCUGAAAACUAUUUACCUCCAGAGGAUAACAUCAGUUCCUCAGACGAAUCUUCGGUGGACAGCAGUGACCACAACCAGUUAGGGACAUUGUGGAAUAAGAAGAACACAAGCUCAUUGAGAAAUGUUUACGAAUCUGUGGACGACAGGGAGGAUUCUGCAGACUAUAAACGAUUCCUGAAUUCUGUUGUAAAGAGUGGUAACAAGAAAUGUGAUAAAGAUGAUGAUAAUAGGAGUCAUGAUGAGGGUAAAUAUGGUGGUGAUGAAGAUGAGCGUGAUGGUUGGGAUAAUGGUGAUAAGGUUGGUUUUAGUGGUAACUGCAGUUAUGAUGUUUGUAGUGGAGGCAAUAAGGAAAUUGAUAAUGGCGAUGUCGAAGAUUAUGUUGUUAAUGAUGAUGGUGAUAAUGAUGGUGAGAUAUUAGCGAACUUAAGCAAGCAACGUUUUCAUGGCGACGCCAUUUAACCGUGUGAGACUGGACCGAGAACGGCGUUUUGGCGCGAAAAACAAAUCAUUAAGCAAAACAACUGCAGUUGACGGCGACAGCGACUACACCAUGUCAUUCAGAAACAUCCGUGAAGUUUUAGCAUACUCUUACGUUGACGAAAUUAUUUCAGACGAUGAAUUUGUGCUUCUAUAUGAUCAUUACCGUUCGAAAAAUCCAGACUUCAGCUACGAAGACAGCUCCAGGUUUGAUUUUGACAAACUAGAAGAGGCUGAAUGCAAGGCAGAUUUUCGAGUAGAAAAAAGAGAUAUGCAUGUUUUAGCCAAUGCCCUGCAGAUUCCUCCCUCAUUCCAAACGUACCAGAGAAGUGUUUCCGAUGGUUUGGAAGGCUUUUGUAUGCUGAUGAAACGCUUCGCCUAUUCAUGCAGGUACGGUGAUAUGAUACCGCUAUUCGGCAGACCGGUUCCCGAAUUAUCCAUGAUAACAAAUCAUGUUAUGAACUACGUUUAUGACACUCACUGUCAUCGCAUAACCGAAUGGAACAACAAUCUUCUAAGCCCUGAUCUAUUGGAAGUGUAUGCUAGGGCCAUUCAUCAAAAAGGUGCUCCACUCCAGAAUUGUUUUGGAUUCAUAGAUGGAACAGUGCGCCCCAUCUGCAGACCCAGACAAAACCAGAGGGUUGUAUACAAUGGCCACAAAAAGGUGCAUGCACUGAAAUUUCAAUCAGUGGUGGUUCCAAAUGGAAUGAUUGCAAACCUUUAUGGACCUGUAGGUGAGUAUUUUUAUAUCCAGAAUAUUUUUAUUAUUAAACAAUAUAUAUAACACUUGAUGUAGUCUAUAACAAAAUAAGAAUACUCUUUGAUAUUAUUUGUACGUAUCUGAUUGAAAAUGUGCUCAAUUUUACAAAUAUCUUAUAAUUGUUUUUAUUACUCUUUGUUUUUAUACAAUAGAGGGAAAAAGACAUGACGCCGGGAUGUUGGCCGAAUCUGGGCUUUUACAAACCUUAGAAGUAGAAGCGUUCUCAACAAGUGGACAACCAAUGUGCUUGUAUGGUGAUCCAGCAUACCCCUUAAGAGUGCACUUACAGGCACCCUUCAGAGAGGCCAACCUAACAAAUCGAAUGCAGCUAUUCAAUACCAACAUGAGUGCCACAAGAGUAUCUGUGGAAUGGUUAUUUGGAGAUAUUAUCAAUUAUUUUAAAUUCCUAGAUUUCAAAAAAAAUCUUAAAAUUGGGUUGAGUAGCGUUGGCAAGAUGUAUGUUGUAUGUGCUCUACUUAGAAAUGCUUUGACAUGCAUGUAUGGCAAUCAAACUGCUAAAUUCUUUGACUUGCAACCACCUUCUCUACAGGAAUAUUUUGCUAAUUAA